GCCUGCAUCAGCAAAUCUAGAUGAAGUGACAGGAUUCAAUAAUAGAAAAUUCCUCAAAGCAUUUCUGAAGCCAUGACCUCUGCUCAGCAUCUGAUCCGGUCUCAGAGAGACUUGUUGCUGAGCUGGACUCGAGAUCACCCAGCGCCCCUGCUGCGCUGGCUGCAGGAUGAGAAGGUGCUGUCCUCGACCCAUUACCUGUCGCUGCUGGAGAAGUCAUCGUCCAAUGCGGUGGCUCAGGCUCUGGAUACGGUGUGUGCCACUGAGGAGAGCAGCGUGAAGUUCCUGCAGGUGCUGAAGGAUGUGCAGGAUUAUUACUGCAAAGAUCUGCAGGUGUGGGUGGAGAGACACUGCAGGAACGACAGUGUCAGUAAGCCAGCGCCAGCACCUGUAAGAGUUGAAGAAAAGAAGUCUAAAGGCCCGAUUGGUAAGCUAUUCAAAGGAAAGACCAAGGGAUUUACCCUAACCACAGAUGUAAAAGCCAAAGAAGAUCUGAAACCUAGCAGGAGCAUAAAGGCAGUCAACAUCCAAGCUUCUAUUUCUGCACACAAAAAAACCUUGCUGCAGCGCACCGGGCAGUUAAAGUGCUAUGCAGAGGGCGAGCAAGCGACCUCAAACUCUGCUUCUCACAUUGAGAUCCGCUACACGGACCUGUUUGUGACGGAAGAUGAUGAAAUAGUUGACAACAACCAACACGAGUACUUUGACUUAGCCAGCAGGCGAGCUCGCAUCUAUGUCCAUCAGGCUUGUCAGCGAAUUAAACCAUGCAAUCUUUUGAGCUCCCAAGGACCAACUGGACGGACCCCCAAAAGGGUCAAAAUGAAGGGUAUUGCUGGUAUUGGAAAGAGCGUAGCAGUCCAGAGAUUACUCUAUGAAUGGGCGAUUGGGAAGAACAUGCGUGAAUUCACUUGUGUUUUUGACCUGCGCUUCAGAGAGCUCAACUUGAUUGAGGAACCACUGAGUUUACUGGAGCUCCUCGCAGAGCGGUUUCGCUACCUGAAGACGGCUCUGCCUGACCUUUUCUCCUCGCCCGGCUCUUUGCUCUUCAUCCUUGAUGGACUAGAUGAGUUUAAAUUCUCCUUGGACUGGAACACCCCUGACAAACACAUCGACAUUGGCAUGAAGGUACCAAUUUCUGAGAUGAUGGUGGCUUUAAUCAAGGGAAGCCUUCUCCCUGAGGCAUCGGUCAUCAUUACAACAAGACCGUCAACUGAGGCUCCAAAACGUUUCUUCCAGAAAUGUUGCGUUGUCUUGGGUUUUGAGGAAGUCCAGGUGAAGGAGUACACCACCAAGUUCUUCAAAGACAGUGAAAUUGCUGGAAGAGUCUAUGAGUACAUCUUGAACAAUGACAGUCUUUUCGUAUUGUCGUUCAUCCCUCUUUAUUGCUACAUCAUCUGCACAGCUAUGGCUGAGUUCUUCUCUUCAGAAAACAAAGAAGAAAAAGACAAGUCUCUUGAGCUCAACCCACCAAGAACGGUCAGCGAGGUCUACUUCUGCUAUCUGUUUACAGCCGUCAAGCACCAUGCACUAAGGGGAGCUACAGAGAGAAGCACUCCCAGAUCUGAGGUUCUGUCUUUAGUGAAGCAAGAGCUGACAAACCUGGGGAAACUGGCUUAUGAGAGCCUUCUGCAGAAAAAGAUCAUCUUCAAAAGUUCUGAUUUGGAGAGCUACGGUGUUACACCUGCAGACCUUCAGAGCACAUUUCUCUGCCACAUCCUUCAGCCACUCAAAGAAGAAACAGUGGAGAUGUUUUCUUUCUUCCACCUUACUGUUCAAGAACAUCUAGCAGCCCUUUACUGUGCUGUCAGUCUCUUCAGCCAGGAUGACAUAAUUCAAGCUCUGGACUUCUGGUGCUUCGGGCAACAUCCAGCGUCCUCCACAGCUGCACCUCUGCGUAACCCUGACCUCAACAUGGACAAGCUGGAGAGCCUCCAGAUGUUCACACGCUUCUUCAUGGGAAUGCUCCGAGCUCGGCUGGCAGGUCAGUUAGAAGGCCUAGUUCAGUCCCCUGUGGAGGAAGUGGAAGAGACUCCCAUCAAGCUAGGUUUUUGGUUCCAAGAGCAGUUUAAAGGGAAGAAGCUGGAGAACCAAACAGCCCUGAAUCUUCUCCACUGCCUGAUGGAGUUCCACAACAAGGAAACAACCAUCAUGGUAGCACCAGAGAUCAAAACACUUUACCUGUUUAAAAUGAAGCUGAGUGUUGUGGACUGUGCAGCCAUGCACUAUGUGCUGCAGUUCUCUCCACACAAGCUGCAAGAGCUCAACGUAGGCUAUUCAAACAUUGGAAACAGAGGACUGACCAGGCUGGGGCCGAUCCUACAUCGAUGUGAAUCUCUCUAUUUGAGAUACAACUGCCUGGACAGGCAAGCAGCUCUCCUGGAAUCUGCAGUUCUGAAAUCCAAUGAAUGCCAAGUGAAAAAGCUCUUUAUGUGUGGCAAUAACUUGGGCCCAGAGGGAGUUUUAGAGCUGUGGAAGGCCCUUGAGCACAACACCACCGUGGAGGAACUUUAUCUGGACAUCACCGGCAUCACAGAGCGAGGAACUGAAAACAUUGUCAACUGUCUCAGCAAAAACACUUCUCUGAAGACGCUGACCAUUGUUGGAAAUGACAUCGGCAAGGAAGGGAGAAAGCGGCUGAGGGAGCUGGAGCAACUUCGACCAGGACUACGGAUUAUUGCAAACUUCGUGGAUGACCUUGGAUUACUGCAGGCCUACCUGGACUGGGUGGAGGAGAUCCGGGCAGACAGAGACCAGAUGGACUCAGUGAAGAAUGCAGAUGCCCUGCAGUCAGUGUUGAAGGGCCUCCAGGUGGCAGGAGAACAGGUGGAGAAAGGAGAGAAUGCAAAGAAAGCUAAGGAGCUUGAGACAAACAUUUUAAAUCUGUUGAAGUCUCACACAGAUCUGAAUGGAGGUCGAUAGCUAUGAGAUAUGUGACAAAAUGUGUCCAAGGGCAGGACUCCAUUGUAAG